UAUUUUUUAUGCUGCCGGUAUUUGUAAAUUAUAACUGACAUAAUUCAUAUUUUGCCGUUUCAUAAUACAAAGCAUAGGUUAAUAAUAUAAAUUAUUCAUACUGUAGACACAUUUAAAAUAACAAUGGAUGAUCGUCAAACAUCCGACAGUCAUUUCGAAUUUAUACAAGGUAAUCGAAUGUCAAUGAUUAGAUUCAUUUUGCUUUAUAAGUAGAGGCACUUAUUUUAUUAUCGAAUAGUAAGGUGAUAGUUAUCUAACAAUAAGUGUAAAGCUGUUGCAACAUUUCGUGAUCCGAUUUCAAGGAUUAUUCGCGCAAAUAUAUAAAUAGCGUAAAGAUACUUGAAAGGAGAAUUGGCAUGGCAAUUCUGAAAUUGUUAAUAAAUAUUGGCCUAAUAUUUGCUACAGUAGCUUUUCCUGUUGACAAAGAUUCAAGCAAUGAUUCGCACGUGGCGGUUAAUUAUCGUUUACCGGACAACGUAACUCCGGUAUAUUAUGAUAUUAAGCUAAUACCGUAUAUUGAGGAAGGUAACUUUACUUUUGACGGAGAAUCCAGUAUCAACAUCACAAUUCAUCGUAUAACGCAAAACUUGAGUUUGCAUGUACUGGAAUUAACAAUAGACGAAGCGGCGACAUCGUUGCUCGACAAUAAUGACAUUGUCUACACGCCGGCAAUGUAUAAUUACGACAAUAUAACACAAAUCUUAGUUCUUCACUUUGAUGACGAGUUAUCACCUGGAAAUUAUACUCUAAAGAUGCGAUAUGUCGGUAUCCUAAACGAUGACUUGCAGGGUUUUUUCAAAACUUCUUAUGUCAAUGAAGAAGGAAAUAUAGCCAUUCCUGUUAAUAUUAAAAUGAACAUAACUGCAUUAUUUAUAACAAUUUUUAGUGAACGAUCCUUUGUAUACGAUGAAACUUCUGACACGAUAUCUACUAAACAAAACGUAGCUGUGACAGCAGCACAUGAAAUGGCACAUCAAUGGUUUGGUAAUGUAGUCAGUCCAUUAUGGUGGUCUCAUGUAUGGUUAAAUGAGGGAUUUGCGUCGUUCUUCGAAGAAUACAUUCUCAAUCAGAUUUUUGAGGAUUGGCGAGUAAUGGAACAUUUCGUUGUUAAUACUCACCAAUCAGCUCUUCAUAUCGAUAUUGCUAAGAAUAUGAAGCCUAUUACAUUAGAAGUCAAUAGCCCAGAAGAAAUUGAAUCACUUUUCUCUUAUUCUAGUUACGGCAAGGCGCCCGCUAUACUGCGCAUGUUGCAACAUAUAAUUACCGAUGAGGUAUUUCGGAAGGGUAUUAUUAAAUAUUUACGCAUGCAUCAAUUCAGUUCGGCUACUUCGGACGACUUAUGGAACGCUUUGCAAGCAAUCCUAGAUGAAUCAAAUGUCCCGCAUAACGCUUAUAGAUUGAAAGAGGUAAUGGAUACCUGGAUAAAACAAAGGCAUUUUCCUGUAGUACACGUGACCCGAAACAAUGACACUAAUGAGAUAAUAUUAACGCAAGAACAUUUCCGCCCAGAAAGUGAAAAGCACGUCGAUAAUGAUAGAUGGUGGAUACCUCUGACUUUUACUACGCAAAAAAAUCCCGAUUUCUCUAAUACUUUGCCCACUCAUUGGCUAAGACCGCAAGAUCAAAAUAUAACUAUUGAUGGAAUUGAUCCAAAUGAUUGGAUUAUUGUUAAUUUACAACAAAUAGGAUACUAUCGUGUUAAUUACGAUUCUUCAAAUUGGCAAAAAAUUGCGGAUUAUCUCAAGUCUGACAAUUAUACAAAAAUUCAUGUGCUCAAUCGUGCUCAAAUUAUCGAUGACGCCUAUCAUCUUAUGAUGGCAAACCAACUUAAUGUCUUGACGUUUUUGGAUCUCAUUAGCUAUUUAUCGCAAGAAACAGAUUUUAUAGCAUGGUAUCCUAUGUUUGAAAUAUUGGAAAUUACAGAAGAUUUUUACAAUUUUCCAGAAACUGAAGUUUUCAAAGUAAAUAGUAAUAUAAUUACUUAAAAUGAAG